AUGAAAUCGACGGAGGGAACAGUUGCUGACUUGACAAUGAAGUUCACUGAGAGGAUGGAGAGGUUUGAGGCAGACUAUUUGCAUAAAUCACCACCUGAUUUGGCACCUGGCAGCGCUUUAAGUAUGCCACCGGACUACUUGGAGUUCAAAAAGUUCAUUUUUGAAACUCUUGAGUGCUUGCAGCGGCAGUUGGAGUCUUAUGUAACUGAGGUUGAUGCUCUGGAGAUGCGAAACCGUAGGAAGAUUCUUCUUAUCCAUGGAGUCCCCGAGCAGUCAAAGGAAGAUACUGCAUCAGAGGUUGUUGGGGUGGUGCGGGAUAGGUUGGAUCUGAAGACCUUCACUGCCUCUGCCAUCCGGAGGUGUCAUCGAGUUGGCAGUCAGGCAAACACUAGGAAUCCUAGACCCAUAUUGCUGAAGUUCCGGGAUGUGGAUGUCCGAGAUGAGGUUUGGCACGUUAAAACUAGGCUGAAAGGUUCAGGUAUCACCUUGUCUGAAUUCCUGACAAGGACGCGACAUCGGGUCUUCAUGGCAGCACGCGAAAGGUUUGGUGUGGCUAACUGCUGGACGAAGCGGGGAUAUAUUUACAUCAACGGCCCAAAAGGUAAAAGACACCGCAUUGUAAGCCACGGCGAGCUCCAUGCAAUCGGUGAGCCUGCGCCAGUGUCCGAGCGGUGUCUUGCUCCGAUCACUGAGGAGUGUCCUACGGCAGCCCCCAAGCAGUCCCCUGCGGCAGUGGCCCCGAAGCCUUCUUCCACUGGGCCGCGGCGUGUACGUGUGGCUAGCAGAAAUUUAUUUAUAACAAAGACGUUAUGA